CUAAAACAUAAUACAGUGCAAACAAACCAAACCAACCACCCACAGAUAACAGUACAUACAAGCAAGCGUCGUCAGGCAGGCCGGGUCAAUAUCAAUAGGGCAGGUAGGUACAGGGGGAGCAAGCGGAGAUGGGUCGGGGUCACUGGCCAGGUUCAGCAGGUAGCUAGCAGCGUGGUACAAAGGGUCAGGCAGAGGGGAUGGUCAGGAGCGAGCCGGGAUCAGAGCAGGAGAAGUCAGCAGCGGUUCAGAUCAGGCAGGGUCAGCAAAGGAACAGAAACAGGAUGCAGGACAGAUACAGGGCCCAGGACAAACACAACACCAAGGCAGAGUCUGCAAGUCUGGCCA